CACGGGCAUGCAAGCGAGCCCGUGCGUCGACCGGUCCAAGAAGGCGACCGAGGUCCGGCGGGAGACGCACCUAUCGCCUGCCCACGUCGCGCUCUCGUCCAAGCUCCAGGCGCAGUUCCAGGAGGCCGACUCGGACGACGACGACGCUUCCCAGGACUGGUUUGUCAACGACCGACCGGCUGCGGAGAAGACGGAUGCGCCGCCGGCCGACGCGACGGUGGUCUUAGCGCCGCCUGUCGAGACCGAGAAGCGUCGCAGCGUCGCCAUCGACAACGAGGACGACGAUGUCGCGCUGCGCAAGAGUCCGCUAGGGUUUCUGCAUCUGCGGCCCGUGGAUACGGGCGUACUCAUCAUGGAGCUAUGCCUCUCGGACCAAACGAUGCUCAAGCAAUAUGGCGCCAAGUACUUCAAGAUCUACCUUCCGCAAGUCACCGAGACGCAGCAAGAGUUCUGUCUCUACGGCCGGAGCUGCGCCAACAAGCUCAAAAUUCGGUUCAGCUUGAGUGAGAGUAAAGCGUGCAAGCGUAACAACCCAGGCUAUGCGGGAAAGCUCUCGGUAGCACAGACGCCCCUUGGCAAGCGCUACAAGAUGGUGUGCCCGCACAUCAAGCAGCGCAGCGUCUUUACGCUCGAGCUACGCGACGGCAAGCAUGAGCUGGACAACACGCUCUUGAGUUUGCUUCGAGGCAAAGCCGCGCCCAGAGACGCUGCCCAGAUCUGCUCCUCGGUCCUCGAGAAAUUCGCAAACCCACUUGUGGACGUCAAGUGUCCAAAGACAGCAACGUCGUGGCUACGCAUCGACAAGGAAGGCAAGUUCUUUGUCUACUAUACCAAACCGUUCUCCAUGUUUCAGAGUGCUGCGAUCGCCGUCGCGGUGCAAUCGAGCUUGCUCGAGUAGUUGAAUUUGACACUUGCGGCCAAUUUAUGGCGUUUGCAACAACGUUGAAGCACGAGAUUGUCGAGCCG